AUGAAUUAAUAUAAUCUUACAAAGGGCAAAUAAUAAAAGUAGUUUCAUUUGAUCCUCACUCCUCUUAAACUUGAACAUUCAUUUCGAAAUAAGAAUCAUUAUUUAGAGAAUUCAUCUUAUUAUUAACAUACAUCUCCUAGGACUAUUUUACCAUAAUUUACACCUUAAAAGAAAAAAGCAUAAAUAAGUUUUUAAGAAUCAAUGAAUUCUCCAUAAAGUUCAUUGGUUACAUCAUUUAAAAUAAGACCAAGAAAUACUCAUUAAGAGAAAGUGUAAUUAUAAAGUAAUUUAGGUAUUUCUUUUAUUUAGAAUUAGUUAAGAUCCAAUCAAGAUUGAUUCCUGAUGAGAAUUUUAUAUUCAAAGUUAAAUAUGCUGCUAGAUCUAGAAAAGGAGUAUAAUUAGGGAAUGCUUCUAAAGUGAAUUAGGAUGCAUAUAUAUGUUGUGCAAAGAUAGAAAAUAAUGAAUGUAUACAUCUAUUUGCAAUUUGUGAUGGACAUGGUGAACAUGGACAUUAAGUUAGUGGAUUCAUAAAAAAUUAACUUCCAUAAUUAGUAUAGAAGAAUAAAAUGAUACUAGAAAGAAAGUAGACAAUUAUAAUAAUAAUAUAUUUAGUUCCUCAUAAGGGUUGAUGAUCAUUAUUUAAGGACUUUCUGAUAUGUUACAAUAGAGUCUUAUUGAUAUAUCUUAUUCAGGAUCGACUCUAGUUAUAGUGUAUGUUAAAAAUAAUAAAGUUAUUGUAUUAUUAACAAAGUUAGCUUUAUUGUGCAAAUUUGGGAGAUUCAAGAGCCGUUCUUUUGAAUCGAGAUGAGAGAUGGAGAAUGAAACCAUUAUCUAGAGAUCAUAAACCAAGUUGUAAAGAUGAAGCUGAUAGAAUACUGGCAAAUGGAGGCAGAAUAGAUCCUAUGAUGAAUGGUUUAGGUCUUUUUGUAGGUCCAUUAAGAGUAUGGACAAAGUAGAAUGUUCCUGGUUUAGCUAUGACAAGAUCACUUGGAGAUGAAAUAGCACAUUCAGUAGGUGUGAGUGAUAAACCUGAAAUAAUGUAAUUUGAUUUGGAAAGGAGUGAUAAAGUAAUAAUAUUGGGGAGUGAUGGAUUAUUUGAAUUUUUGAGUGAUGAACAAAUAAUAAAUUGUAUCUCUCCAUAUUAUGAUACAUCUAAUAUAGAAGGAGCAUGUAAUUAAUUAAUGUUGACUGCAUGUAAUAGUUGGAUGUAGAAAUGUAAUAAUUUAAUUGAUGAUAUUACUUUCAUAGUAUUAUUUUUAACUUAUUGA